GAAAAUGUUUAUCAUCGUUGGAUUUCCAUAACAAUUAUUAGCCCAUGGGCCGAAACAAAUCCGCAAUCGGCAGAACACGAAAGCUAGAAAAGCCCAAAAUCGCAUAAAAUAGCAUAGCAUUAGUAUGGCGGCGCUGGCGAGGAUGUUGCAGUUGCAGAGGCGAUUCAUCUCAACACAAUUAUUCCACUAUGAUCCCCAACCCAUCAUUCAAGCAUCCUCUUGUCACUCUUCAAUCAAUGCAAUAUUAAACAGAUAUGGAUUUCAUAAAAGGGGGGUCUCGACACAGACAAAUCCAAAUAAACACAUUUGUGAAGAUGUAGAAAUUAGUGAAACCGACACCUUGAAGUCCAGUGUUAACCCGGAUAAUGUCCCUACAUCCAUCAGCAUUAAUGAGAACUCUGCCAUAAAGUUUUCUGCCAGUUCUAGUUUGAAAACAUCAUCAAGGCAUGAUCUUGCUAUGAUUUUCACAUGCAAGGUCUGUGAAACGAGGUCCAUUAAGACAGUUUGUCGUGAAUCAUAUGAGAAAGGUAUAGUAGUAGCAAGAUGCGGGGGGUGUGAUAAUCUUCACUUGAUUGCCGAUCACCUUGGAUGGUUCGGCGAACCAGGAAGCAUUGAGGACUUCCUGGCUGCUCAAGGAGAAGAAGUUAAAAGAGGGUCAGUUGAUACACUGAAUCUUACAUUGGAAGAUAUAGCCGGAAAACAAUCUUGAAAGAUUCAAUUUGACCAAUAUAUAAUAUUGGCAGCAUUAGGGUACCUAUGAGAAAUUGGAAGGGUAAGAUGAUAUAACAACUGUUGGUGUUUGUAAACUCAACUCUUCUGUCUCUUGAUUAUGGUGAUGUUAAAAAGUGACACAUUUCAAUGUAUAAUGUUAUCUUCAUAUUCAAUUAUUUAUGGUGCGUAAUGAAGGAAUGCUUUUGAGA